GGUCCUUCCGGAGCACUUCCUGGUACACGUAUUGAGAAACUCACCAACACACUUGGAUCCUGUUUGACAUACAGGAUAUAAACACAUUUCAUCUUGCUUAUUCAGACGGAUUUCUGCCGACAUGUUGAACUGUAAAACCUCGCCGGUAGCCUGGUGAUCGUAGACGAGCUAAGCUUAACGGUUUUCCUUCUUCAAUGAAUACAGAAUGGCUUGGUUUGCUGAGUUGGCUGGAAAAGCUGAGGACUUCCUGAAUAAGGUGGACCAAGGAGCUGCCACUGCCCUGAGCAACAGCCAGAUGAAAGCAUCCUCUUUUUCAUCAGGAGAAUCUGUUGUUGCAUUGUACGAGACCGAGCCAGCUGGGACACAUCACACCUUUGCAUCCUCUCAUGAUGCAACAAGCUACAUCUCUGCUGCAGCAAGUAACAUCAAGAAAUCCAAUGCAACGCUGCUGGCUGGGACGGCCAAUGUGCCCUUGACCCCUUCUGCUUCUGGCAGUACCAUUUCAAACUCUAAGACCUCUGCUGGCUUUGUGAGGCCCAAAAAGAGCGAGCAGGAUGUGGACGAUGACAUGCUCUUUAACUUCCUGAACAGCUCUGAGCCUCCAGUCAGCAGCAGGAGGGAUUCAAGAAGAGAACUUGUGAAAGCAGCAGCUCCAGUCACUGAGGCACAAAACCCAACGCCUCCCCCCUCCACCACUCCCCUUGCUAUCCCCUCAGCUCCAUCUACUCCUCCUUCAACCCGCGGUGUAUCAAGAGCAUCGAGCAUGAGCUCACUAUCUGCUCACAGCAUCAAAACAUCAGAGGAGAAUCCUGCUAAAGAUCAAAGCCAAGACACACCUGAGAGGUCAGACUCCAACUUAGUUCCCUCUCAGGACUCCAGCCAGCUGGAGCCCCCUCCCCCCACAGAGGAGCCCCAGAGCCACAUCCUGUCCAGCCUGCGUCUGGAGAACCAGCUGCUGCGCAGUGAGGUUGUUUCUCUCAACCAGGAAAUGGCCUCGGUCAUUCAGAGAGCAAAAGACUUACAAGAUGAGCUGAAUCAGGCUCGUCUACGUGCAGACAGAUGGAACUCAGAGCAGUCUCAGAAGGACCGCACGUUACGAGAACUUAGGUCGCAGGUGGAUGACCUCACAGAGGCCCUCUCUGCCAAAGAUGGACAACUCGCAGUCUUGAAAAUCCGACUGGAUGAAGCCGAUCAGCUUCUGAAAUCCCGCAGCGCUGCGUUAGAAGAGGUGCAAAAGGAAAAGUCGAGAAUUAUGCAGGACCACACAGAAGGGAGCAGUAUGCAGAACCAAGCACUUGAAAAGACCCAGGAGAGGGUGCGAGAGGCGGAACUGUCUCUCAGAAGAGAACAAGACAGCUAUCGACAGAUGCAGAGUGAAUAUGCAGGCCGCCUGGCUAAAUUAGAGGCUGAGAGGCAGGCUCUUGCUGAGACGGUGACUGCAGCGGAGCGACGAGCUGUAGAAGAGAAGUUCCGGGUCGAUGACCUUCAGCAGCAGCUGAAAAGUUCCAAAGCUGCAGCCGAGUCUGCGAAGCAGGAGCUACAAGACUACAAGCACAAAGCGUCCCGCAUCUUACAAUCCAAAGAAAAGCUGAUUAGCAGUUUGAAAGAGGGAUCAGGUCUGGACAUACUAGAUGGCAGCGGGACCAUGAUCCUGGAGCUCGAGGAGCUCCGACAUGAAAAGGAGCUUCAGAGGGAGGAGAUUCAAAAACUACAGGCGCAAGUGAGCGCGCUGCGGUCAGAAAUACAGGAUGUGGAGAAUCAGGCCCUGGCAGAGACAGAAACUUGGCGGGAGCAGCAGGUGCAGUUACAGGAACAACAGGCCUUACAAAACUGGGCCAAGCAGGAGUUGGAGGCUGAAGUGGAGCGCUACAAACACGAGCUACAGUAUCUUGAGGAUGAGCAACACCGAGCCAAAAGCACUCUGCAGAUCCGCAUUAAAGACCGAGAAGAUGAAAUCCAGAAACUCAGGAAUCAGCUGACCAAUAAAACGAUCAGCAGCAGCAGCCAGACAGAGCUGGAGAAUCGACUCCACCAGCUGACAGAGACGCUCAUCCAGAAGCAGACCAUGCUGGAGGCUCUGGGCACAGAGAAAAGCUCCCUGGUCUUUCAGCUGGAGCGUCUGGAGCAACAGCUGAAGAGUGCUCAGGGCGGACAAAGUGGAGGGCCGACCAUCAACAUGAGCAACCUAGAGGGUCCGGGAGCUCGACAGAGAAACUUGCCUGUGCUCUUCAGUGACCAGGACAGUCGAGGAGUGUAUGGCAAAGUACGCAAGGCAGCCAGCACUAUCGACCGCUUCAGCAUAAGACUGGGAAUCUUUCUGAGGCGCUACCCUAUGGCCAGAGUUUUUGUUAUUCUAUAUAUGGCGGUAUUGCACCUGUGGGUCAUGAUUGUUCUUCUGACUUACACACCUGAAAUGCACAGUCGUCCUGAUGGAAGAUAGAAGGCUUAAAAUCUGAGUUAGAAAUGGUUUUAUGGCCUUCAGUGUGAGGAAGCUGCUGGAAUCGGGGAUGUGGGACCUGACUCUUCCUAUUUUGCACAGAUAUAUUAUGAACUAAAGACAUUUGUUGUGAUUUAUUCCGCUUCUAACUAAGGAUUAAAGGCCGACCGCUGCAUUUGGGUUUUUAAAGUGAAGUUAUAUAAAGUGUUGAUCUAAAGCUAUAUAAAAAUCAUCUUGCAUCUCAUAUGCACUCGGUUCUCUGUUGUUUUGAGAGAUUAUGUAUGUUCAACACUAUGUAAAAAGAAAAAAUAAGCUUUUAAUAAAUAAGUUAGAUGAUGCGACAGUUAAUUUUUUGCCUCUGUUCAGACUUGGAUGCUGAGUUAAAUCUUUAGAAAAUGUUUUGCAAUUCAGUUACAUAAAGAAGUUGGAUAAACAAUAA